CUUUCACAUUUCACAGUUCAAUACCACAAACCCCAAAACCAACAAAUCAAAUCAAUCUCCUUUCACUUCUCCACACAAAGACAUCACCAACCCCAACUCUCUCCUCCUCCUCCUCCUCUCUCUCUCUUCCCCUCCACUCCCAAACCCAUAAGCCCCUUUUCUCCCUUCCUGUUCUUCCCAUUGGAUCUGACUGUGUCUGCUUUGGCGUCCCUCCGACACCGUUUCCCUUUCCUUGCUUUGAUCCAAUCCCAGACCCAGACUUUGUUUUUGUGGUUUCUUUUUGAUGGUCAUUGCAAAUUGAAAUGGGAGUGCUCAUAAAGAAAGCAUGAGCAAAAAUCCCAUUGGUAGCAACAACAACCAAGACGACGACGAUUCGACGCAAGAAGAAGAAGUGGUAGAAGUAGACGAAGAAGAGGAAGAGGAGGAGUAUUUUUACGAAUCCCUUGAUCGCAUUGCUUCUUCUAAUUCUUGUUCUUGCUCUAACUCAACUUCUCCUUCUUCUGACUCCGACUCCGACCCAAUUACCCGCUCCAACAAUGCCCACCACCCAUUUCCCGUCCCAAUCCCCAUGGCCGUUUCCAAGUUCGACAUCUGGAUCUCGGAACCCGCCUCCGUUUCCGAAAGAAGAACACGGUUGCUCCGAGAAAUGGGGCUUAGCCGUGACCCGGGUCUUUCCCGGACAAGACCUGGGUCAGAAACGGAGUUGGGUACGGGACGAGAUAUGGGUGGUGGUUGCGGUGGAGGAGGAGGAGGAGGGUUUGGAAGAAGAUCGGUUUCGUCGGAUCGGUUGGUAAAAAAAGAGUCGGAGGAGCAAGAUCGUGGUGGGGAAAGGGGAAGUAGUUCUGCUGGAAUUGUCCGAUCAAAAUCAGACGGUGAUGCAAGCCGAAAUGGUGAUUGUAAUGGUGUUGCUGUUUCUUCUUCUCCUUGUUUAUCAGUUUGUUCGAAUUCGUCUUCUUCGAUUCUUUCUGUUGGUCUAUGUGUUGUAAAUAAUAAUAACAAUAACAAUAGUGAAUGUGAUCAUAUUAAUGCCGCGGCUGCUAACUUAAGAAGCUGUGAAAGUAAUGGAUCUAUAUGUAAUAAACCGCCCACGGGGCGGGGUAGUAAGAGUUUGAAUGGGGAACUUGGUUUUAAAUCAUUUGGUGGUGGAGAGGUUGUUGUGGAGGAUGAGUUGGAUUGCAGUGAACAAGUGUGUACUAUUAAGAUUGAUAAUGGGAAAGAGUUUGUGGUGAAUGAGAUUAGAGAAGAUGGGAUGUGGAACAAGUUGAAGGAAGUUGAGACUGGGAGGCAGUUGACUAUGGAGGAGUUCGAGAUGUGUGUUGGGCAUUCACCGAUUGUUCAAGAGUUGAUGAGGAGACAGAAUGUGGAAGAGGGUAAUAAGGAUAAUGCUGAUUUGAAUGAAGGCAGUGGUGUUGGCGUUUCAAAGUUGAAGAAGAAAGGGAGUUGGUUUAAGAGUAUAAAGAGUGUUGCGAGCAGUGUGAAGGGUCAGAAGGAAAGAAGUAGUGAUGAGAGAGAUACGUCAUCAGAGAAGGGGGGGAGGAGAUCGAGUUCUGCCACAGAUGAUAGCCAGGAUGUUUCCUUUCAUGGGCCGGAGAGUGUGAGGGUAAAGCAGUAUGGAAAGUCGUGUAAAGAACUCACUGCUCUUUACAAGAGUCAAGAGAUACAAGCGCAUAAUGGGUCUAUUUGGAGUAUUAAGUUUAGUUUGGAUGGAAAAUACCUCGCUAGUGCAGGUGAGGAUUGCGUAAUUCUUGUAUGGAAGGUAGUGGAGUCAGAGAGGAAGGGGCAGUUGUUGAUGGAAAAGCCUGAGGAUGGGAAUUUGAAUUUUUUGCUUGUGGCUAAUGGAUCUCCAGAACCAACUCUGUUGUCCCCAAGUGCAGAUCACCAUCCUGAGAAGAAGAGAAGAGGAAGGUCAUCUAUAAGCCGAAAGUCAUUGAGCCUGGAUCAUAUUGUGGUGCCAGAGACUGUUUUUGCGCUUUCAGAUAAACCUGUUUGUUCUUUUCAAGGACAUUUGGAUGAUGUGCUUGACCUCUCCUGGUCCAAAUCUCAGCAAUUGCUCUCAUCAUCAAUGGACAAAACAGUGAGGCUUUGGGACUUGAAUAGCAAGACUUGUUUGAGAAUAUUUUCACACAGUGAUUAUGUAACUUGCAUCCAGUUUAAUCCAGUUGAUGAUAGAUACUUCAUUAGUGGAUCCCUAGAUGCUAAAGUCCGCAUAUGGAGCAUUCCUGAUCGUCAAGUCGUUGAUUGGAAUGACCUGCAUGAAAUGGUCACUGCUGCUUGUUAUACACCUGAUGGGCAGGGUGCACUGGUAGGCUCAUAUAAAGGGAGCUGUCGUUUAUAUAAUACUUCUGAGAACAAAUUACAACCAAAAAGUCAGAUCAAUUUGCAGAAUAAAAAGAAGAAAUCUCAUCAAAAGAAAAUUACAGGUUUCCAGUUUUCACCUGGAAGUUCAUCAGAAGUACUCAUCACAUCCGCAGAUUCGCGAAUUCGGGUUGUUGAUGAUGCCGAUCUAAUUCAAAAGUUUAAAGGUAAGAAAAGUAUAAACAUAUGAUACUUCAUUUGUAGUUUCUGCCUAUGCUUAUCUUUGAAUGUCUCAAAAGUGGUUUUCUCUUAAUCUUAUCACUUUAUGUCACUGUUGCAUCUCAAUUUGAUGUUUGAUCAUCCUGCAUUUAUGUGGUUGUGUUUGGCUAUGCACAAGUUUGCCUAAAUAUUCUUAGGUAGACAAUCUAAAGCCUUUAUUCCUAGUUGGAUUCUAUGCUGCAAAUCUUCCUAUUAGCAUCAUUAAUGACGCCUUCAGUGUUUAGCACGAUCAUGGUUUCUUCUGACUUUAAGGUCAGAUAGGAUGUGUAUUGGUGUACAAAGUAUCUUGGUCCAAAAAGCUUAAUUUAGUCCUUCAUCUAUGUUCAUAUCCUAGCAUGAUGCUUGAAUAAGUGCUGUUGUUUUUCCCUUAUAGAAGUUGCUACAAGUGCUCUUGUGAAAUGCACUUUGGAUUGUGCAAGCUGUAGUGACAGUGGGUAAAUUAAUGACCUGUAAUUUGCCCUUCUGAAAGGCAAUAUGAGAACUAAAGAAUUCAGCAAUAAAAGUACAGUAAACAUACCUUGCUUGAGACUUCCUAGAGAAGCAAAGAAAAGUGUUUCUAGAAGCAAAUUUUCCUUUUGACAGGGCUUGAGGAGAUGAACUACCAAGGAAAAAAU